AUGGGCAAUGAGGCCAGCCUGGAGGGCGGCGUUGGCGAUGGGCCGCUGCCGCCUGGAGGCGUCGGUCCCGGCCUCAGCCCCGGCGUCGGCCCCGGCGCUGGGAAGCCGCCUUCAGCACCGGCUGGCGGCGGACAGCUCCCCGCGGCGGGCGCAGCACGGGCAAUGGCUGGACCACCGGGUCCUGGCCCGGGUCCUGGCCCCGGUCCCGGCCCCGGCCUUGGUCCGGGCAGCGUAUCCAGGAGACUGGACCCUAAGGAGCCCCUGGGUAGCCAGAGAGCAGCUUCUCCAACCCCGAAGCAGGCUUCUGCUACUGUUCCUGGCCGCGAGAGCCCCCGGGAGGCAAGGGUACAGGGCCCAGCAGGCCAGGAGACUGAUGGUCCUCGAAGGAUGCUGCAGGUAGACAGCAGGACGCAGAGAUCAGGGCGAUCCCCUUCGGUGUCACCGGACAGAGGCAGCACCCCCACAUCACCGUACUCCGUCCCCCAGAUCGCCCCCCUUCCUAGCAGCACCCUAUGUCCAAUAUGCAAGACCUCAGACCUCACGUCGACCCCCAGCCAGCCAAACUUCAACACCUGCACCCAGUGUCACAACAAGGUCUGCAACCAGUGCGGGUUCAACCCUAAUCCUCACCUUACACAGGUGAAAGAGUGGCUCUGUCUGAACUGCCAGAUGCAGAGGGCUUUGGGGAUGGACAUGACCACGGCGCCUCGCUCCAAGAGCCAGCAGCAACUGUACUCCCCAGCUCUGUCUCCUGCCCACUCCCCAGCCAAACAACCCCACGGGAAGGGGGAGCCAGAGAGACACCAGGGCCAAGGAGGGCCACAGCCCAGUCCCCACCAGGCUGAGACAACCAGGGCAACCUCAGUGCUGGGACCUGCUCAAGCAGCUGCCCCUCCAGAGGCAGGGAGGGUGUCUCCUCAGCCCUCUCUCCCCACCAAGCCUUCCACAGCUGAGCCCAGGCCACCUGCAGGAGAGGCUCUGGCCAAAAGUGCCACUGUAGUACCCUCUGGAUCUGGUGCUGCUGAGCAGACACAGGAGGGUCUCACCGGGAAGCUUUUUGGCCUUGGUGCAUCAUUGCUGACCCAGGCAAGCACCCUCAUGUCUGUGCAGCCCGAGGCUGACUCCCAGGGCCAGCCUACCCCCAGCAAGGGGCAACCCAAGAUCGUCUUCAGUGAUGCCAGCAAAGAAGCUGGUUCAAGACCUCCGGGCUCAGGACCUGGGCCUGGGCCAGCACCUGGAGCCAAAACUGAGCCUGGGGCUAGAACAGGGCCUGGAUCAGGGCCUGGAUCCCUGGCAAGAACUGGGGGGACAACCAGUCCAAAGCAUGGCAAAGCAGAACACCAGGCAGUGUCCAAAACUGCUGCCAAGCCAAAGACCAUGCUGAAGGAAAGGGCUACCUGCCCGCUGUGCCAAGCUGAGCUCAACGUGGGCAGCAAGGGCCCAGCCAACUAUAACACCUGCACCACCUGUAAGCUCCAGGUGUGCAACCUGUGUGGCUUCAACCCAACACCCCACCUGGUGGAGAAAACCGAGUGGCUUUGUCUGAACUGCCAAACUAAACGAUUGCUGGAGGGCAGCCUGGGAGAGCCGACCCCGCUGCCGACCCCGCUGCCGGUGCCCACCUCACAGCAGCCUCCUGUAGGGGCCCCUCAACGUGCAGCUGGACCAGCCCCUCAGAAACAGAAAGGGCCACCAGGGUUGGGCCAACCAGCAGGCCCCCUGCCCACCAAGGCCAGCCCACUUCCCACCAAGGCCAGCCCCCUGCCUGCCAAGGCCAGCCCCCAGGCCAAGCCCCUCAGGGUUUCUGAGUCCAGCAGGACCCCAAGCAGUGCCCAGGAGAAGAAGGCAGGAGGCCCAGCUAAAGCUGAGUCUGUGCCGAAGCCACCUCCAGAGACUACCCUGCCCCCUGGGACUCCUAAAGCAAAGAGUGGGGUGCGGAGGUCUGAGCCUGCCACCCCUGUCAGCAAGGCUGUCCCAGAAGCCCCCAAGGGCGGAGAGGCAGAGGAGCUUGUGGGCAAGCCUUAUUCCCAGGACCUGUCGCGAAGUCCUCAGAGCCUCAGUGAUACAGGCUAUUCCUCUGACGGCGUCUCCAGCUCCCAGAGUGAGAUCACCGGUGUUGUGCAGCAGGAGGUGGAGCAGCUCGACAGUGCAGGGGUGACAGGACCACGCCCACCCAGCCCCUCAGAGCUCCACAAGGUGGGGAGCAGCAUGCGGCCCUUGCUGGAGGCCCAAGACCUGGCCCUCAGGGUUGAGCAGGCCAAGCCACUCAGUAGCAGAAAUGUUGAGGAGCAGAAGCGUCGGCCACACUCCUUGUCCAUCAUGCCUGAGGCCUUUGACUCUGAUGAGGAGUUGGAGGAUAUCCUCGAGGAAGAGGAGGACUCUCUUGAGUGGGGACACCAGAGGGAACAUCAGGACACGGCUGAGUCCUCAGACGACUUUGGCAGUCAGCUGCGGCAUGACUAUGUGGAGGACAGUAGUGAGGGUGGCCUGUCCCCACUGCCACCCCAGGCCCCAGUCCGGGCAGCAGAGCUGACUGAUGAGGAGUUCAUGCGACGGCAGAUUCUGGAGAUGAGUGCCGAGGAAGACAACCUGGAGGAGGAGGAGGAAGUCACCUCUGGGCAUGGCCUGGUCAAACGUAGCACCCAGAAGGGUGGCAGACCCAGAGUUGAGCCCAGUCAAGAGACAGUAGCACUCCCCAAGAGGCGCCUGGCCCACAAUGCCACCACAGGCUAUGAGGAGCUGCCCUCUGAGGGAGGCCCAGCUGAGGCCACUGACAGCAGUGGAGCCCUGCAGGGAGGGCUCCGCCGAUUCAAGACCAUUGAGCUCAAUAGCACAGGCAGCUAUGGCCAGGAGCUGGACCUGGGUCAAGUUCCUGACCCUGGUUUGGACCGGGAGCCUGAGCUAGAGAUGGAAAGCCUAACAGGUUCACCUGAGGACCGCUCCCGUGGAGAGCAUUCUUCAACCCUGCCUGCCUCCACGUCUAGCUACACGUCAGGUACCUCUCCCACUUCCCUGUCCUCACUAGAGGAGGACAGCGACAGCAGCCCUAGCCGCCGGCAGCGGCUAGAAGAAGCAAAACAGCAGCGCAAGGCCCGACACCGGUCCCAUGGACCCCUGUUGCCCACCAUCGAGGACUCCUCUGAGGAGGAAGAGCUGAGAGAAGAGGAGGAGCUACUUAGAGAGCAGGAGAAGAUGCGGGAGGUGGAACAGCAGCGCAUCCGAAGCACAGCCCGCAAGACCCGACGGGACAAGGAAGAACUGCGGGCCCAGCGGCGACGUGAACGCUCCAAGACGCCGCCCAGCAAUCUGUCACCCAUCGAAGAUGCCUCCCCCACAGAGGAGCUGAGGCAGGCAGCAGAGAUGGAGGAGCUCCACCGCUCCUCCUGCUCUGAGUACUCACCUUCACCCUCUCUUGACUCAGAGGCUGAGGCCCUGGAUGGCGGCCCCUCCCGGCUUUACAAGUCUGGCAGUGAAUACAACCUGCCCACCUUCAUGUCUCUCUAUUCACCAACUGAGAUGCCCUCAGGUGGCUCCACUACGCCCAGUUCUGGCCGACCUCUCAAGAGUGCUGAGGAGGCCUAUGAGGAGAUGAUGCGAAAGGCUGAGCUGCUUCAGCGGCAACAAGGCCAGGUCUCAGGGGGCCGGGUGGUCCCUGGUGGCCCUUCUCAGCCCACAGGCCCUCGAGGCCAGGGUUCCUUUGAAUACCAGGACACCUCGGACCGUGACUAUGGCAGGGCUGCUCAGCCUGUCUCAGAGGGCAUGUCAGCCACCCUAGGGACAGCUGUAUAUGAGGAGAUCCUGCAGACAUCACAGAGCAUUGCCCGGAUGCGGCAGGCUUCCUCACGUGACCUGACCUUCAUUGAGGACAAGAAGAAAGAAAAGCAGUUUCUGAAUGCUGAGAGUGCGUACAUGGACCCCAUGAAGCAAAAUGGUGGCCCUCUUACCCCCGGGACCAGCCCCACUCAACUUGCUGCCCCUAUGUCCUUCUCCACCUCCACCUCCUCAGACAGUAGUGUGGGCCGAGUCAUCCCUGAUGUCCGUGUCACUCAGCAUUUUGCAAAAGAGCCUCAGGACCCCCUCAAACUGCACAGUUCUCCUGCCUCCCCCAGCUCUGCUUCCAAGGAGGUAGGCAUGCCCUUUUCCCAAGGCCCUGGGACCCCAGCAACCACAGCUGUGGCUCCCUGUCCUCCUAACCUGCCACGUGGAUAUAUGACUCCAACCUCCCCAGCAGGCUCCGAGCGCAGCCCUUCACCAUCUUCCACAGGCCACAGCUAUGGACAGAGCCCAACCACUGCAAACUAUGGUUCCCAAACUGAGGAGCUUCCCCAGACCCCCAGUGGCCCUGCUGCUGGUGGGCGGGCUGCCAGAGAGAAACCUCUUGUAAGUGAUGGCCAGAGCAGCAUUUCCCAGCCCUCCCGGGGAUAUCCCUACUUUAUGGGCUCCAGCCCGCCCCUCUCCCCAUCUUCCCCCUCAGACAGUCCCACUUUCUUACCUGGCAAGCUGGGCCCAAGGGCCACAGCAGAGUUUUCUACCCAGACACCAAGCCCAACCCCCACCUCGGACAUGCUGAGAAGUCCCAGUGCCUCCACCACAACCCCCAUGGUGGCCCAGGGUACACAAACACCACACCGACCCAGUAUGCCUCGCCAAGUGUGGCAGAAGUCCCCUCCGGAGGCUCCCUUUAUGGUCAUCACUCUGGCAUCAGAUGCUUCCAGUCAGACCAGGAUGGUCCAUGCCUGCGCCUCCACCUCCCCAGUGUGCUCACCUACUGGCUCUCAGCCCACUGCCCACAGCUACAGCCAGACAACACCUCCGAGUAUGGCUCAACUACCCCCAGAGCCACCUGGGCCACCAGGCCUCCCUCGAGCCCCCAGUGCUGGUUCAGAUGGACCCCUGGCAUUAUAUGGCUGGGGUGCCCUGCCUGCUGAGAACAUCUCUCUAUGCCGGAUCUCCUCCGUCCCUGGGACAUCUAGGGUCGAGCCAGGCCCCAGACCCCCUGGCAGCGCCGUGGUAGACCUUCGCACAGCUGUGAAGCCCACACCCAUCAUCCUGACUGACCAGGGCAUGGACCUGACCUCACUUGCCGUGGAAGCAAGGAAAUAUGGACUUGCCCUGGAUCCCAUCCCAGGACGGCAGUCGACCGCUGUGCAACCCUUGGUUAUCAACCUCAAUGCCCAGGAGCAAACCCAUGCCUUCCUUGGCACUGCCACCACCGUGAGCAUUACCAUGGCCUCCUCUGUGCUCAUGGCUCAGUCCAAACAGCCUGUAGUCUAUGGGGACCCUUUCCAGAGCCGACUUGACUUUGGUCAGGGUGCAGGUAGCCCUGUGUGCCUGGCCCAGGUAAAGCAGGUAGAGCAAGGUGUUCAAACAGCCCCAUAUCGAAGUGGACCCCGGGGAAGACCCAGGGAGGCCAAGUUUGCCAGAUAUAACCUACCCAACCAGGUAGCUCCUCUGGCUAGAAGGGACGUCUUGAUCACCCAGAUGGGCACUGCCCAGGGAGUUGGCCUCAAGCCAGGCCCAGUACCAGAGACUGGUGUUGAUCCCCACCGGGCCUCUGCUGCAGAGCUUCGGCCACAUGCUGUACCUGGUGCGAGGAAGCCACACACAGUGGUGGUGCAGGUGGGAGAGGGUGCAGCAGGCACCGUGACCACACUGCUCCCUGAGGAGGCAUCUGGAGCCCUGGACCUCACCGGGAUGAGGCCUGAGAGCCAGCUGGCUUGUUGCGACAUGGUCUACAAGUUCCCCUUUGGCAGUAGUUGCACUGGUACCUUCCAUCCUGCCCCCAGUGCACCUGAGAAGAGUGUGGCAGAUGCUGCUCCACCUGGCCAAAGCAGCAGCCCCUUCUACGGUCCCCGGGACCCUGAGCUUCCUGAGCCCCCCACCUACCGGGCACAGGGAGUAAUGGGGCCUGGGCCCCAUGAAGAACAGAGGUCCUAUCCACAGGCCCUUCCUGGCAGGUUGUACUCCUCCAUGUCUGACACCAACCUGGCUGAGGCAGGCCUCAACUACCAUGCCCACCGGCUUGGGCAGCUUUUCCAGGGCUCUGGUAGAGACUCUGCUGUGGACCUCAGCUCCCUGAAGCAUUCCUAUAGCCUGGGCUUUGCGGAUGGACGCUACCUAGGGCAGGGCUUGCAGUAUGGCUCCUUCACAGAUCUGCGUCACCCCACAGACCUUUUGAGUCACCCACUUCCCAUGAGGCGCUAUAGCUCAGUGUCAAACAUCUACACAGACCAUAGGUAUGGCCCACGGGGUGAAGCAGCUGGCUUCCAGGAGGCUAGCCUUGCCCAGUACAGUGCUACCACAGCUCGAGAAAUCAGCCGUAUGUGCGCUGCCCUCAACUCCAUGGACCAGUAUGGUGGGCGGCAUGGCAGCAGUGCUGGUAGCUCUGACCUCAUGCAGUACCAGCCCCAACCAGGAUCUGGCCUCAGUGCCCCGCAAGGUCUGACUCCCCUCAGACCUGACCUCCUUGGGAAUCCCACUUUUCCAGAAGGUCACCCGAGUCAUGGGAACCUGGCUCAGUAUGGGCCUACAGCUGGCCAAGGAGCAGCAGUCAGACAGCUGCUGCCAUCCACAGCCACUGUUCGUGCAGCUGAUGGUAUGAUCUACUCAACCAUCAAUACCCCAAUUGCUGCAACACUGCCCAUUACCACCCAGCCCGCAUCAGUGCUGCGGCCCAUGGUGCGUGGUGGCAUGUACAGGCCUUAUGCUUCUGGUGGAGUGACAGCUGUGCCACUAACCAGCCUGACACGCAUGCCCAUGAUUGCCCCCCGGGUACCUCUUGGGCCCAGAGGGUUGUACCGGUAUCCUGCACCAAGCAGAUUCCCCACAGCUUCCAGUGUCCCACCUGCUGAGGGUCCUGUCUAUUUGGGGAAACCUGCUGCUGCCAAGGUCCCAAGAGCUGGGGGCCCACCAAAGCCAGAGCUGCCAGCAGGGGCUUCAAGGGAAGAAGCCCUUUCCACAGUCACCCCUGCUGCUAUCAAGGAGGCUACAGCAGUCCCAGCCCCAGUCCCACUGACUGUCCAGAAGCCUCCGGGAGAUGCUGCUCCUGGGCCUGCCAGCGGGGCCCUGAGCCGGCCAGGGCAUGAGAAGGAGGAAAUCUCACAGGAAGAAAGGCAGCGGAAACAGCAGGAGCAGCUGCUGCAACUGGAGCGGGAACGGGUGGAGUUGGAGAAGCUGCGACAGCUGCGGCUACAGGAGGAGCUAGAGCGGGAGCGUGUGGAACUGCAGAGACACCGUGAGGAAGAGCAGCUGCUGGUGCAGCGGGAGUUGCAGGAGCUGCAGACCAUCAAGCACCAUGUGUUGCAGCAGCAGCAGGAGGAGCGGCAGGCUCAGUUUGCACUGCAGCGGGAGCAGCUAGCACAGCAGCGCCUGCAGCUGGAGCAGAUCCAGCAGCUGCAGCAACAGCUGCAGCAGCAGCUAGAAGAGCAGAAGCAUCGGCAGAAGACCCCUUUCCCUGCGGCCUGUGAGGCACCCACCCGAGGGGCUCCCCCAGCUGCCACUGAACUGGCCCAGAAUGGCCAGUACUGGCCACCCAUGACCCACACAGCUUUCAUUGCUGUGGCAGGACCUGAGGGGCCAGGACAGCCUCGUGAACCCGUGCUGCACCGGGGUCUCCCCAGCUCUGCCUCAGAUAUGUCGCUACAGACUGAGGAGCAGUGGGAACCAAGCCGCAGUGGCAUCAAAAAGCGGCACUCCAUGCCACGCCUGCGGGAUGCCUGUGAGGCAGAGUCUGCACCUGAGCCUUGCAUGGUCAAGAGAAUUGCAGACAGCAGUGUGCAGACAGAUGAUGAGGAUGGAGAGGGCCGCUACCUCCUGACCCGGCGGCGCCGAACACGACGGAGUGCCGACUGCAGCGUGCAGACUGAUGAUGAGGACAAUGCUGAGUGGGAGCAGCCAGUGCGCCGCCGCCGUUCCCGUCUUUCCCGCCACUCAGAUUCAGGCUCUGACAGCAAGCACGAUGCCACUGCCUCCUCAUCCACCACCGCCACCGCCGCUGCGAGAGCCACGAGCAGUGUGGCCAUCCAGACUAUCACUGACUGCUCUGUGCAGACAGAACCUGACCAACUGCCCAGGGUCUCUCCAGCCAUUCACAUCACAGCUGCCACGGAUCCCAAGGUGGAGAUUGUCAGGUACAUAUCAGCACCAGAGAAGACUGGCCGUGGGGAGAGCCUAGCCUGCCAGACAGAGCCGGAUGCACAGGCCCAUGGUGGGGCCGGACCACAGCUGGUAGGGCCAACUGCCAUUAGCCCUUACCUGCCUGGCAUCCAGAUUGUCACCCCAGGGCCGUUGGGCAGAUUUGAAAAAAAGAAGCCGGAUCCUCUGGAGAUUGGGUACCAGGCACACCUGCCCCCUGAAUCCCUCUCACAGCUCAUGAGUCGCCAGCCUCCUAAAUCCCCCCAGGUCCUCUACUCACCAGUCUCGCCCCUGUCCCCACACCGGCUCCUGGACACCUCCUUUGCCUCUAGUGAGAGGCUGAACAAGGCUCAUGUGAGUCCCCAGAAGCACUUCACGGCUGACAGCGCUCUCCGCCAGCAGACGCUGCCUCGCCCCAUGAAGACCCUGCAGCGGUCCCUGUCUGACCCUAAGCCCCUCAGCCCCACCGCCGAGGAGUCUGCCAAAGAGAGGUUCUCCCUCUACCAGCACCAGGGGGGGCUGGGUAGCCAGGUGUCGGCGCUGCCACCCAACGGCCUGGUCCGCAAGGUGAAGCGGACACUGCCCAGCCCCCCUCCAGAGGAGGCUCACCUGCCCCUGGCCAGUCAGGCCACCCCACAGCUGUAUGCGGCCAGCCUGUUGCAGCGUGGGCUGGCGGCACCCACCGCCAUCCCUGCCACUAAAGCUAGCCUGCUCCGGGAGCUGGACCGGGACCUGCGGCUGGUGGAGCAUGAGUCCACCAAGCUGCGCAAGAAGCAGGCAGAGCUAGAUGAGGAAGAGAAGGAGAUCGACGCCAAGCUUAAGUACCUGGAACUGGGCAUAACGCAACGCAAAGAGUCUCUGGCAAAGGAUCGGAGUGGCCGAGACUACCCUCCCUUGCGUGGCCUUGGUGAGCAUCGAGACUACCUGUCAGACAGCGAGCUCAACCAGCUGCGUCUCCAGGGCUGCACCACUCCUGGUGGCCAAUAUGCAGACUUCCCUGUAGCUGCUGUUCCUGCCACCCCCUCUGGCCCCACUACCUUCCCGCAGUCCCGGUUCCCAUCUCCAGCAUCACAGUACUCUGCAGGCACUGGUGAGCCAAGUCAAAAUGGAUAUCCAGCCCACCAGACACCCACCUACCCUGGUCCUAGCACAUACCCAACACCCGCCUAUCCUCCUGGCACCAGUUACCCAGCAGAGCCUGGGCUACUGAGCCAACAAGCUUUCCGUCCCACAGGCCACUAUACAGCCCAAACACCCGUACCAACCACACAAAGUACCCAUUUCCCUGUCCCAGCUGACAGCCGGUCCCCCCACCAGAAGCCACGCCAGACAUCACUAGCUGACUUGGAGCAGAAGGUGCCCACCAACUAUGAGGUGAUUCCCAGCCCUGUCGUGGCCAUGUCGUCAGCCCCCUCUGACACCAGCUACAGUGGCCCAGCAGUGAGCAGCAGCUAUGAGCAGGGUAAGGCCCCUGAGCUUCCCCGGGCCAGUGAGCGUAGCAGUGUGAGCCAGAGCCCAGCCCCCACCUAUCCCUCUGACUCACACUACACCAGCCUGGAGCAGAACGUUCCUCGGAACUAUGUGAUGAUCGAUGACAUCAGUGAGCUGACCAAGGACAGUGCCUCCACUGCUCCUGAAACCCAGCGCCUGGAGUCCCUGGGGCCAGGUGGCAGUGGACGUCCAGGGAAGGAAACUGGAGAGACAGGUGUCCUAGAGGGUCCUGCAUUGCCUUGCUGUUAUGCCAGAGGGGAGGAGGAAUCUGAGGAGGAUGCAUAUGACCCUCGAGGGAAGGGUGGCUACCACCGAAGCAUGGAGAGCAACGGUCGGCCAACCAGCACCCACUACUAUAGUGACAGUGACUACAGACAUGGAGCUAGAGCAGACAAGUAUGGUUCUAGCCCUAUGGGGCCCAAGCAUCCCUCCAAGAGCAUGGCCCCAGCUGCCGUCUCCUCCAAGCGCAGCAAGCACCGAAAGCAGGGCAUGGAACAAAAGAUCUCCAAGUUCUCCCCUAUCGAAGAGGCCAAGGAUGUAGAGUCAGACCUGGCCUCCUACCCUCCAUCUGCAGUCAGCAGCAGCCUAGGCUCUCGAGGCAGGAAGUUUCAGGAUGAAAUCACCUAUGGACUCAAGAAAAACGUGUAUGAGCAGCAGAGAUAUUAUGCGGUGUCCAGUCGGGACUCAGCCGAGGAAGAUGACCGCAUGUACAGUGGAAGCAGCAGGUCCCGGGUGGCUUCUGGGUACAGUGGGGAGAAGCUAUCCAGUCAUGACUUCAGUGGCCGCACUAAAGGGUAUGAGCGGGAACGGGAGGCUGUGGAGCGGCUUCAAAAAGCAGGCCCCAAGCCCUCCUCCCUGAGCAUGGCCCAUGGCCGGGCACGGCCCCCCAUGAGGAGCCAAGCCUCAGAGGAGGAGAGCCCUGUAAGUCCCUUAGGGCGGCCCCGCCCCGCCGGGGGACCCCUCCCUUCUGGGGAUACCUGCCCACAGUUCUGCAACAGCCACUCCAUGCCUGAUGUCCAGGAGCAUGUCAAAGAUGGACCACGGACCCACACAUACAAGCGUGAGGAGGGCUACAUCCUGGAUGACUCCCACUGCGUGGUUUCCGACAGCGAAGCUUAUCACCUGGGCCAGGAGGAGACAGACUGGUUUGAUAAACCCCGGGAUGCCCGCUCUGACCGGUUCAGGCACCAUGGGGGCCAUGCAGUCUCCUCCUCCCAGAAGCGAGGCCCUGCCAGGCACAGCUACCAUGACUACGAUGAGCCUCCUGAAGAGGGCCUGUGGCCACAUGAUGAGGGUGGCCCAAGCCGCCAUACCUCAAACAAGGAACACCGGCACCACAGUGACCAUGGGCGGCACUCAGGUCGCCACGUUGCAGAGGAGCCAGGCCGGCGUGCUGCCAAACCUCACGUCCGGGACCCAGGUCGCCAUGAAGCCCGGCCCCACACUCAGCCUGGCCCUGGCCCAACUAUGCAGAAGAAGGGUCAGUCUGGGUACCCCAGCUCUGCUGAAUACUCACAGCCAUCUCGUGCUCAGUCAGUGUACCAUCAUGCCUCUGACAGCAAGAAGGGCUCCCGGCAGGCCCACUCUGGGCCCCUCUCUGCAGCGCAGCCAAAGCCAGAACCCCAGCCACAGCCACAAGGUCGGCAGGCACCUCCAGGGUCACAGCAGUCCCACCUGCCACUCUCCAGGCAGGGGCCCUCAGCGACAGCAUCACGCCAAUCACAGCAGCAGCAGCAGCAGCAGCAGCAGCAGCAGCAGCAGCAACAGCAGCAGCCUUCCCAGCAGGCCCCAUCGCAAGCUCGGCUGCAGCAGCAGGGCCAGACAGCCGCCCGGGGUCAGGUCCCUGCUGCCAGCCAGACAGCAGGGAAACCUCAGCCAGGGCCCACAACAACCUCUGGUCCCCAGCCAGCAGGGACACCCCGGGCAGAACAGGCAAACGGCUCUAAAGCGACAGCCAAAGCACCCCAGCAAGGGAAGCCACCUCAGGCCCAGCCACCUCCAGGACCUGGACCUGCAGGCAUGAAGGCUGGAGCCAGGCCUGGUGGGACCCCAGGGGCUCCUGCCGGCCAACCAGGUACCGAAGGGGAGAGCGUAUUCUCCAAGAUCCUCCCUGGUGGGGCAGCAGAGCAAGCCGGCAAGCUGACGGAAGCUGUCUCUGCUUUUGGCAAAAAGUUUUCCUCCUUCUGGUGA